AUGGAGGAAACAGUAGGAGUCCAGAACACAGUCCACACAGAGGACACGGGAGUCCAGGGCACACUCCACAUGGAGGACACAGGAGUCCAGGACACAGUCCACACGGAGGACACGGGAGUCCAGGACACAGUCCACACGGAGGACACGGGAGUCCAGGACACAGUCCACACGGAGGACACGGGAGUCCAGGACACAGUCCACACGGAGGACACGGGAGUCCAGGACACAGUCCACACGGAGGACACGGAAGUCCAGGACACAGUCCACAUGGAGGACACGGAAGUCCAGGACACAGUCCACACGGAGGACACGGGAGUCCAGGACACAGUCCACACGGAGGACACGGGAGUCCAGGACACAGUCCACACGGAGGACACGGGAGUCCAGGACACAGUCCACACGGAGGACACGGAAGUCCAGGACACAGUCCACAUGGAGGACACGGGAGUCCAGAACACAGUCCACAUGGAGGACACGGGAGUCCAGGACACAGUCCACACGGAGGACACGGGAGUCCAGGACACAGUCCACACGGAGGACACGGAAGUCCAGGACACAGUCCACAUGGAGGACACGGGAGUCCAGAACACAGUCCACACGGAGGACACGGGAGUCCAGAACACAGUCCACAUGGAGGACAUGGGAGUCCAGGACACAGUCCACAUGGAGGACACGGGAGUCCAGAACACAGUCCACACGGAGGACACGGGAGUCCAGGACACAGUCCACACGGAGGACACGGGAGUCCAGAACACAGUCCACACGGAGGACACGGGAGUCCAGAACACAGUCCACAUGGAGGACAUGGGAGUCCAGGACACAGUCCACAUGGAGGACACGGGAGUCCAGGACACAGUCCACACGGAGGACACGGGAGUCCAGGACACAGUCCACACGGAGGACACGGAAGUCCAGGACACAGUCCACACGGAGGACACGGAAGUCCAGGACACAGUCCACAUGGAGGACACGGGAGUCCAGAACACAGUCCACAUGGAGGACACGGGAGUCCAGGACACAGUCCACACGGAGGACACGGGAGUCCAGGACACAGUCCACAAGGAGGACACGGGAGUCCAGAACACAGUCCACACGGAGGACACGGGAGUCCAGAACACAGUCCACAUGGAGGACAUGGGAGUCCAGAACACAGUCCACACAGAGGACAUGGGAGUCCAGAACACAGUCCACACGGAGGACAUGGGAGUCCAGAACACAGUCCACAUGGAGGACACGGGAGUCCAGAACACAGUCCACACGGAGGACACGGGAGUCCAGAACACAGUCCACAUGGAGGACACGGGAGUCCAGAACACAGUCCACAUGGAGGACAUGGGAGUCCAGAACACAGUCCACACAGAGGACAUGGGAGUCCAGAACACAGUCCACACGGAGGAAAUGGGAGUCCAGGACACAGUCCACACGGAGGACACGGGAGUCCAGGACACAGUCCACACGGAGGACACGGGAGUCCAGGACACAGUCCACACAGAGGACACGGGAGUCCAGAACACAGUCCACAUGGAGGACACGGGAGUCCAGAACACAGUCCACAUGGAGGACAUGGGAGUCCAGAACACAGUCCACACAGAGGACAUGGGAGUCCAGAACACAGUCCACACGGAGGACAUGGGAGUCCAGGACACAGUCCACACGGAGGACACAGGAGUCCAGAACACAGUCCACACGGAGGACACGGGAGUCCAGAACACAGUCCACAUGGAGGACACGGGAGUCCAGAACACAGUCCACAUGGAGGACAUGGGAGUCCAGAACACAGUCCACACGGAGGACAUGGGAGUCCAGAACACAGUCCACACGGAGGACACGGGAGUCCAGGACACAGUCCACAUGAAGGACAUGGGAGUCCAGAACACAGUCCACACGGAGGACACGGGAGUCCAGGACACAGUCCACAUGGAGGACACGGGAGUCCAGGACACAGUCCACAUGGAGGACACGGGAGUCCAGAACACAGUCCACACGGAGGACACGGGAGUCCAGGACACAGUCCACAUGGAGGACACGGGAGUCCAGGACACACUCCACAUGGAGUUCACAGCUAGGUUUACAGGGGUGAUUGCAGCUGGACCAGUGCUGCUGAGUGACCCUCUGUACCUUACGGACAGCUCCAGCUUCCCGAGUACCACCUCUUGGGUGUUGAGUGCCGUGGCUGUGUUUGGAAUUUCGUGGCAUGUUGUGUGUGCGCUUUAUUUAUCUGUUUUGAAACAGGUUCUGCCCGGCAUCCUGCAGAAGCACUGCUGCAUCCUGCCAGACAGGAACACAGAAUCGCAGUGUACCCUCUGUGGAGAGCCGGAAGAGGAAGAAGGCGGAGAUUUGGCCCAGCCGGGCCUCGGCUUCGAGGGGCCGGCCGACGAGGACCUAGACCCGCCCUGCCCAUGGACGCCGGCGCCCACCUUCAAUGAGGACAGGUACUCCCCCGCGCCCCGCAGCAUGAAGGGGCUGCCCGCCAGCCGGAGCCAGCCCCCGCUGUGCGCGGGCCACACCUGCGGCCUGGCGCCCCCGGAGGACUGCGAGCUGGCCCACGGCCGCCUGCCCCGCGGGCCCGACCCGCGGCAGCCCUACCCGCUGGACCGGCGCCGCUGCUCGGCCCGCAGCCCCGUGCGCUCGGAGCGCGCGCCGGCGCCCGCGGGCCCCGUGGAGCCCGUGUCCAGCAGCACCUUCCCGCGGAUGCACUACAGCUCCCACUGCGACCCGCGGGACUGCGACCCGCGGGACUGCGAGGCGGGCGCGCGCCGCAUCCCGGCCAACCUCCUGGACCAGCUGGAGAAGCAGCUGCCACUGCACAGAGACGGCUUCCACACGCUGCAGUACCAGCGGUCCUCCACGGCCGAGCCGCGCGGCGGCAGCCCCGGCCGCAUCCGGCACCUGGUGCACUCCGUCCAGAAACUCUUCGCCAAGUCACACUCGCUGGAGGGCGCCUCCAAGAACAGCGUCAACGGCACGCGGGCUGACGACCAGCACCAGGGCCACCCCCCCAGGCACGGCAAGAGGGCCAAGAGCAAGGAGCGCAAGCCCGAGGGCCGGCACCGGCCGGGCCUGAGCAGCUGGUGGAGCUCCGAUGACAACCUGGACAGUGACAGCACCUACCGGCCGCCCAGCGUGGUCACCCGGCACCUGCUGGAGCCCGGCCCCCACUGCUACCCCGACGCCCUGCAGAGCCCCUUCGGGGACUUCUCCCUCAAGACCUCCAAGAGCAACAGCGACGUGAAGUGCUCGGCCUGCGAGGGCCUGGCACUGACGCCGGACCCCCGGUACCUGAAGCGCAGCUCCUGGUCGGCGCUCACCGUGAGCCAGGCCAAGGAGGCCUACCGCAAGAGCUCGCUGAACCUGGACAAGCCCCUGCUCCACCCGGAGCUCAAGCCUGCCCUGCGGCCCUGCCACUACCUCCAGGUGCCCCAGGAUGAGUGGGGGGGGUACCCCGCGGGCAGCGGCAAGGAAGAGGAGAUCCCCUGCCGCAGGAUGAGGAGCGGCAGCUACAUCAAAGCCAUGGGGGACGAGGAGAGUGCCGAGUCCGACUCCAGCCCCAAGACAUCCCCGACGGCCGCGCUCCUCCCCGAGCCCCUGCUGAAGUCCAUGGCCGCCCGGCCCCUCGGGGACCUGCAGAGCCAGAGCUACCUGCAAGCUGCAAGCGAGGUGCCCAUCCCUCACAGCCUGGACCCCUCUGCCGGCUACAACUCCCCAAAGUUCCGCUCCAGGAACCAGAGCUACAUGCGGGCCGUGAGCACCCUGAGUCAGGCCAGCUGCGUGAGCCAGAUGAGCGAGGCCGAGGUCAAUGGGCAGUUUGAGUCGGUGUGUGAGUCCGUCUUCAGCGAGGUGGAGUCUCAGGCCAUGGACGCCCUGGACCUGCCCGGAUACUUCCGCACGAGGAGCCACAGUUAUCUGCAAGCCAUCCAGGCUGGCUACUCCCAGGACGAGGAGUGUGUUCCCAUGCUGACGCCCUCCAGCGUGGCUGCAGCCAUCAGGUCCACAGCAGCGGCCACCUAUGCCAACUACAAGAAGACGCCCCCGCCAGUGCCCCCUCGGACCGUCUCGAAGCCUCUGAUCUCAGUGACGGCCCAGAGCAGCACGGAGUCCACCCAGGACGCCUACCAGGCUCAGAGGAUGUCCCCGUGGCCCCAGGACACCCGCGGCCUGUACAAUUCCACAGACAGUUUGGACAGCAACAAGGCCAUGAGCCUGGCUCUGGAGACAGCCGCUGCACAGCGCCACGCGGCCGACAGCCAGAGCGGCCCCAUCCGGACCAGCGACAAGGCCAUCCUGGUGUCCAAGGCCGAGGAGCUGCUCAAGAGCCGCUGCUCCUCCAUCGGAGUGCAGGACUCUGAAUUCCCAGAGCACCAGCCAUACCCAAGGUCAGAUGUGGAAACGGCCACCGAUUCGGACACGGAGAGCCGAGGGCUGCGGGAGUACCACUCGAUCGGCGUGCAAGUCGAAGACGAGAAGCGGCACGGGCGUUUCAAGCGCUCCAACAGCGUCACAGCUGCGGUCCAGGCUGACUUGGAGCUGGAGGGGCCCCAGGGCCAGGUCGUCAUGGAGGACAAGGGUCUGCAGUUCGGCUCUUCCUUCCAGCGGCACUCGGAGCCCAGCACUCCAACACAGUACGGGGCGGUGCGGACCGUGCGGACGCAGGGCCUCUUCAGUUACAGGGAGGACUAUCGGACACAGGUGGACACCUCCGCCCUGCCCCCGCCCGACCCCUGGCUGGAGCCGUCCUUGGAGCCCGUGGAAACGGGGAGAAUGUCUCCGUGCCGCAGGGAUGGCUCCUGGUUUUUGAAACUACUGCAUACGGAGACGAAGAGGAUGGAAGGCUGGUGCAAAGAGAUGGAGAGAGAAGCAGAGGAGAACGACCUCACCGAGGAAAUUCUGGGGAAGAUCCGGAGUGCCGUGGGGAGUGCCCAGUUGCUCAUGUCCCAGAAGUUCCAGCAGUUUUAUUGGCUCUGCCAGCAAAACAUGGACCCCAGUGCCAUGCCCAGGCCGACGCCCCAGGACCUGGCCGGCUAUUGGGACAUGCUGCAGCUCUCUGUGGAGGACGUCAGCAUGAAGUUCGACGAGCUGCAGCAGCUGAAGCUCAGCGACUGGAAGGCGAUGGACUCGCCGGAAAGAAAGGAAGAGAGGAAGGUCCCCCCUCCGAUACCAAAGAAGCCCCCCAAGGGGAAAUUUCCCAUCACAAGGGAGAAGUCCCUGGACCUACCCGACCGACAGCGCCAGGAAGCCAGGAGACGGCUCAUGGCCGCCAAGAGGGCCGCCUCCUUCCGCCAGAACUCCGCCACGGAGCGGGCGGACAGCAUCGAGAUCUACAUCCCCGAGGCCCAGACACGGCUCUGA